CCCCAAUGCCUAAUACAAACAAUGGAUAUUUCACAACAAGUCUCAGAAAAGCAAGACAAGAAGAAAUGAAUGAAUAUAUAUCCCAAGUCAGCAGAAAAAAAACCAUACUCUUGAAGAAACUUAUCAAGGACGAAAUUAAACCUGACUGA